AGGUGUGGCUUGUCCAUGAUCAAACAACUUCUCGAACAACUUUCGGAUAUUGUGCCUCAGCUUCAACGUAUUCGACCACCCCAAAGAGAUAGCCAUGGCUGACAGUUCUACAACACCAACUAAAGUACAGUUCCCUGAGGACCUGUCUGAGAAGCCCAACCUGAGGCAUGUACCUACCCAAAAGUAUGACAGGAAAGAAAUCUCCAAGAGACUGGAGAUAGAGAGCUGGAUGGAGGCCCAGCUCCAGGAACUGUUUGAGACAGAGGACUACCCACAGCUGGAUAUUGACGAUGUCUUACAGAUUAAAGAAAACGAAAGAGAACAAAAAUUAAGAGAGUAUUUGAAACAGUCCAAGAAACCAUUUGAGAGUUUCGUUCAAGAGCUGCUCAAGAAAGCUUCUACAGUGAAACCAGUAAAUCCAUACUGAGUGUCUCAACACGCAAUAAAUUAUAGGCACCUUAGCUAGCUCUUUUAUAUCACGUAUGACCAGUUUGAUUUGUUAACACGAAGGGAAAUAAUGUCAUUGACCGUG